CAUCGGCUGGCCGCGAUCGUCUGAGGAACGUGUUGGCGAAAAAAAAAAGGAAAAACUAUUGGUUAUUUUAUUAUUACGGUUCUGUUUGGCAAAAGAACUUAUUGGCUGUAGUGUUAAAUUUUAAAAAAAGGCCUUCAUUCAUUGUGCAAGUUACAAAAAAAAUUGAACGCGCCUAGCUGCAUUUUCAACUACAAGACAUGGCUGUCAAGUGUGCCCUGCUGGGGCUCUCACUACUCCUGGUGCUUCUUGGCCUGGCCGAUGCCUACGAUCACACACUGAAACUGGACUUCCCGGGUCCGUAUUGUGCGCGACAGAACACAUGCUGCAAGGAUCGGCGCGACGGCUGCUCGAUGCCUAUAUCCACAACAUUGUGCUACUGCGAUGAGUUUUGCGAUCGGGAUGACUCCGGUGACUGCUGUCCGGACUACCGUUCGUUCUGCUUCAAUGAGCCGGAUCCGGUGCUCAGCUGCCUGCACAACGGCAUCUAUUUCCACAAGUACAACACCACGUGGGACAAUUGCAACGAGUGCCGUUGCCUGGACGGCGGCCGGGUGCAGUGCGACACGGACUUGUGCCUGACCGACGACGAGCUGGUCCAUAGCGUCAACUCGAUCCAUCGGCUGGGCUGGUCGGCGCGCAAAUACGACGAAUGGUGGGGCCACAAGUACAGCGAGGGUCUGCGCCUGCGCCUGGGCACCAAGGAGCCCACCUAUCGUGUCAAGGCGAUGACACGUCUGACCAAUCCAUCGGAUGAUCUGCCAAGAAAAUUCAACGCCGUGGAGAAGUGGUCCAGCUAUAUAUCAGAGGUGCCCGAUCAGGGCUGGUGCGGUUCCUCCUGGGUGCUGUCCACCACUUCGGUGGCAUCCGAUCGCUUCGCCAUCCAGAGUCAGGGCAAGGAAGUGGUCCAGCUGUCGGCACAGAACAUACUCUCCUGUACGCGUCGCCAGCAGGGCUGCGAGGGCGGUCAUCUCGAUGCCGCCUGGCGUUACCUGCACAAGAAGGGCGUUCUCGACGAGAAGUGCUAUCCAUACACACAGCAUAGGGACAGCUGCAAGAUUCAACGCCACAAUAGUCGUUCCCUAAAGGCCAACGGCUGCCAGCCGGCGUAUGGCGUCAAUAGGGAUAGCUUGUACACAGUGGGCCCCGCGUACAGUCUGAGUCGCGAGGCAGACAUCAUGGCUGAGAUCUAUCACUCGGGACCCGUACAGGCCACCAUGCGCAUCUACCGCGACUUCUUCUCCUACUCGGGCGGCAUCUACCGCCAGACGGCUGCCAAUCGCGGUGCACCCACCGGCUUUCAUUCGGUGAAGCUUGUCGGCUGGGGUGAGGAGCAUGAUGGCGUCAAGUACUGGAUUGCGGCCAACUCGUGGGGUCCCUGGUGGGGCGAGCACGGCUACUUCCGCAUAUUGCGCGGCUCCAAUGAGUGCGGCAUCGAGGAGUAUGUGCUGGCCUCCUGGCCGUACGUCUAUAACUACUAUAACACGAAGUCGGUAUAAAUGGAGCCGAGUGGCAAACUUCUCGUAAUCUCGAGCUAUACGCCGUGACGAACAAUUUAUCUCAUGUUUCAAAAUUUUCCAUUUGCUACGACACUGAAAGUGAAUUAGGCGCUUCUAAUUGUAAAUUUAUGCUAGAACUUAGGUACUAAAAAUGAUUAGCUUUAAGUCGCGCUGAGACGACAACAUUGUUAACUGCCCCCCGGGUCCAAGUCCAGCUCCAGCACCCAACGAAAUAACUCUUCAACUUUUAUAGCCACCUCUCCCUGAACGACUAAUUUUCUGAGCCCUCGAUGGAUAUGGAACUGCAAAUCAAUUCGUAACACGAAACUGCCACAUAUUAACCUUACCGUCCUGCCCCGAACCACACACUUCCUCUCUCUCUCUCACACAUAAUACUGCCACAGUAAAUAGCAAAUCAUAUUCUCGUCGAAGGACUUUGGAAGUCGCUUGAUCCACCAAUCAGGUUAUUUUGAACGAGACAUGAUAUGAGAUGCGCAAAGGUAUUCAAAGAAAUGAUUAGGAACGAGUUGGGUCUACGUCUACUUAUCCACACUCAUGUAUUGUAAAUGAAAGCUAAGUUAACUGAUUUAUAACCGGAUUGAACGUGUUCGGCUUUAUAAUGUAUGUAUAUUUUUAAUAAACGAAUUGUAUUUCAUGUU